AUGAGCUUUCCAAUCAUCUUUGGUGCCGUGGCUGGCGUGGUGGCCGUGUACCUAUGUGCUGCAACAUUUUACAAUGUCUUGCUACAUCCUCUGAGAGAUAUUCCCGGGCCGAUUCUCUUCCGCGCGUCGGUCCUCCCCAAGUCUUACUACAUGAUUGGGGGUAUCCUGCAAUUCAAAGUCAAGAGCCUGCACGACGAGUACGGCGCCAUUGUGCGCAUCGCCCCAAACGAAAUCAGCGUCGUCGGCGCGGGGGCUUGGAACGACGUCUACGGGCGGCGGUCUGGCGGCGGCGGCGAACUUUCAAAGUACUACGACUUUUACGUUCUUGACAAGUCCUCUCCGCGAGACAUCAUCACCGCCGAGCCGGCCCAGCAUCGUGUGUUGCGCCGGCUGCUGGCGCACGGCUUCUCGGAGAGGUCGAUGCAUGCACAAGGCUCCAUCAUUGGUGGUUAUAUCGACAUUCUCAUAUCCAGUCUUCGAAGCAGCUGCGACAAUGGUGAUGCUGUCGUAGACCUGAAUCAGUGGUUGAACUGGACUACGUUUGACAUUAUUGGGAACCUGUCGUUCGGGUCGGACGCGAGCAACCUCCGUGGCGCCGAGUGGACGCCAUGGGUCAAGGCGAGUGCAAAGCACAACAAGGCAAUGGCGAUAGUGGCUUGCUUAAAAGGGUUAGGCUUCGGAAAGCUGAUCAAGUUGGCCAUCCGGUGUGGUCUGCUUCCGACGCAAGGGUACCUGGACUACAUCAAGUCGCACGUCAAGGAGCGCGCGCAGCUUGGUGUAGAGCGACCAGACUUCAUCGAGGGAUUAAUACAGGAGCAAAAUGGUCUGUCAUUGGACGAAAUUGCACGCAAUGGAGAAGCUUUGAUCGGCGCUGGCUCAGAAUCCACAGCGACUUUCCUGUCUGGAGCCAUCUAUGCUCUUCUGACACAUCCAGAAUGGCUUGAGAAAGUCACAACCGAGGUACGAACCGCGUUCAAGAGUGAAGAGGAAAUUGACUUUACGUCUGUCAAGCACCUGGAUUGCAUGCUUGCGUGCUUGCACGAGACGUUUCGUUAUUACCCCCCCGUAACGAACGGCAUGCCGAGGGUAGCUCCAAAGGGUGGCACAUUAAUAUGUGGCACGUUUGUGCCAGAGAAUCUCCUGACAUGUGCUCGAUUUAGACUGUGGUGGCAAUCUGGCAGUGGGCAAUAUGCCAUGACGCCACCCUCUGGACAAAUCCGUACGAAUUUCGGCCAGAAAGAUUUCUUGGCGAUGGAAAGUUCAAAACCGAUAAGCUAG